GGAUGUCAGUAUCAUUUCAAUGGGCAUUCAUAUAAAAAAGAUCUCAAUUAUGUUUCUCCUUUUGUUACACACUCUGACACUCGUGACCUCCAUUAAUGGCAGACUCCAAGUAAACCUCAGUUUCCUAUAUAUUCAUGUCGCCCCCUCACCCGUUUAUACUUUAUAUAUAUAUAAGGACUCGGAUCUUGGGUAUUUGAUUUAAUCUGAAAAAUGGGUUCUCAGAUUUGGGUUAUGGGCAUCUGCGUUUGGAUGUGUGUGUUCAGCUGUGGCUUCAUUUCUGUGAGCUCAAGGACUGUAGGAGAUGGGACUGUUUUCAUUGAAGGGAAAGCAGCCAUUGGGAGGAUUGAUGAUGAUUUUGUUUGUGCAACGUUGGAUUGGUGGCCUCCUGAGAAAUGUGACUAUGGAACAUGCAGCUGGAGUCGUGCUUCUCUGCUCAAUCUGGAUCUUGGCAACAAUAUUCUAUUAAAUGCCAUAAAAGCUUUUUCUCCGUUGAAACUUCGACUGGGUGGGAGUUUGCAAGAUAAGGUGAUAUAUGGAAGUGAAGAAAAGCAGCAACCUUGUAUUCCUUUUGCCAACAAAACCUCAGAGAUGUUUGGUUUCACUCAGGGCUGCUUACCCAUGCAUAGAUGGGAUGAAUUAAACAACUUCUUCAACAAAUCUGGGGCUAAGAUUAUUUUCGGCUUAAAUGCUCUCUAUGGCAAAUCUAUUCAGUCUGAUGGGUCUGCCAUUGGAGCUUGGGACUACACUAAUGCUGAAUCUCUAAUACGUUAUACUGUCAAAAACAACUACACCAUUCAUGGUUGGGAACUGGGAAAUGAAUUGAGUGGGAGUGGAGUGGGAACAAGAGUUGCAGCAGAUCAGUAUGCCUUGGACACCAUCUCUUUGCAAAGGAUAGUCCAAAAUAUUUACAACGGGAUAGAGCCGAAGCCCCUGAUCAUAGCACCAGGAGGAUUCUUUGAUGCAAACUGGUUCAAAGAAUUCUUAGACAAGGCAACCACAUCUGUGGAUGUCGUCACCCACCACAUAUAUAAUCUUGGGGCAGGAGUUGAUAAGCACCUUGUUGAAAGGAUCCUUGACCCAUCCUAUCUUGAUGGUGAGGCUAAUACAUUUAGGGGACUCCAUAACAUCCUCAGGACUUCUGCAACUUCAGCAACUGCAUGGGUUGGUGAGGCAGGAGGGGCUUACAACAGUGGCCACAACCUUGUCACCAAUGCAUUUGUGUUUAGUUUUUGGUACUUAGAUCAGCUCGGAAUGGCAUCGGCUUAUGACACAAAGACAUACUGCAGACAAUCGUUUAUCGGUGGAAAUUACGGCUUACUUAACACCACUACCUUCGAACCAAAUCCAGAUUACUACAGUGCUCUUCUUUGGCAUCGACUAAUGGGAAGAAAAGUUCUGUCAACUAGCUUUUCUGGGACACCGAAAAUACGUGCUUAUGCUCACUGUGCAAAACAUUCUAAAGGAAUCACAAUAUUAUUAAUCAACCUAGACAACAGCACCACUAUCCAGGCCAAAGUAGCCUUCAAUAGUAGUUGGAGUUUGCCACACAAGGCCAGGGCUCAUAAAAAAAGUAUUUAUCAGCUGCUUGGAGAUUAUGAAAGCGAAAGCACAAGAGAGGAAUACCAUCUAACAGCAAAAGAUGGGAAUUUACACAGCCAAACUGUGCUGCUAAAUGGAAAAACUUUAACUGUAAAUUCAUCUGGGGACAUACCUUCUUUGGAACCUUUAUAUGCAAAUUCAUCAAACCUAAUAAAGGUAGAUCCUUUCUCUAUUGUAUUUGCUCACAUCCCAAAUCUUGUUCUCCCUGCUUGCAUGUAGUAGGCCUCUAGAUGGAACUAAAUUUGGCUCCAUCUAGUAAUCAAAUAAGUUAGAGAAUACACAGGAAACGAUUUAUCCUUUUUGUUAGAGAA